UUUCCAUUUAAAUGGUCCUCAAAAUGACGGAAGACAGAUAUUAGCUGAAGAUGGAUCCUUGCUGUUGAAGAAUGUCACCAUGAUGGACUCAGGAAUGUACACCAUAGUGGCCCACUUUCCAGAUUCAGAAACAGAAAUAGGAUUUGGGCAACUUGAUGUAUAUGAUCAUCUGAGAUUGCCUAUUCUCCUAGCUAGCAGCUAUGGAGUCAGAGAGAAUAAAGAGGAUGUGGUCUUGACCUGCUACACACAUGGAAUGUCUGUCCAGUGGCUGUUCAAUGACAUGUAUCUGAAGUUCACAGACAGAAGGAAGCUGAGCGCAGAUGGCAGAAGAGUCACCAUAAGCCCAGUCACGAGGGAAGAUGCUGGGGUUUACAAGUGUAGAGCAUCAAACCCUACGAUGUGGGUGGAAAGUCAUCCCCUUUUCCUACAUGUGAUAUACUUUUGA